AUGUCUGCGAUUCUGAAUGUGAUUCUUCGUCUCACUUCCACCUUGCCUCACUUUCGCCUUCUACUUUUUGCCCUCUACUCAUCACUCAUCAAUUGCCGUGUAUGUCUCUCCGGUUGCCUCGUUCAUCUCGCCAUUCAACACCGGCUCCAGCUGCAUGAGAACCAGGUUAGCCACAUCGAGAUGAUCCGCCUUCGAAACCCAUGGGGCAAUGACCGUGAAUGGUCUGGUGCCUGGAGUGAUCAGUCCUCCGAGUGGCGUCGUAUACCUGCAGAGGAGCGCCGGCGCAUCGGGCUCACGUUUGAUCAUGAUGGCGAAUUUUGGUACUUGGUCAAGUCACUUUUCCUCUCUAAUGUAACUGAUCCCAAGUCACAAGCACACACAAACAAUUGUGAGUGCAUUUCGAUUUACUCUGGUUAUAUACUAAAUAGAUCUUGA